AUGGCCGAAAAAGAAGUAUCGGAGACUAUACCCAAAUUAUCGGAGACCACACUUGACAAAUCCAAGAUUACUAUGAAACAAAUUAGUGAUGAGGUAAACUUACUAACUAAUGAUGAAUUAAACGAAAGAGCAAAAGAAAUGGCAAAGCAGUGGACGCCUGCUGGAAUGUUCGAUUAUUUAGGUACGGCCGGGUAUAUAUGCCAAGAAGACAUGAAAUACAUACCAUCGUGGUUACUAAAAAAAAAUUACGAACAGGAAUUUGACCCUAAAGUUAUUCUAUCUUAUAUUGCAGCACAAAGUAGUGAUAAAAAAGUUAUGCAUAGAGAUAUGAAUAUGUUGGUUAAAUUAGGUAUUGAGAGAGGAAACAAUUUGGAAAAAAUGGCUAUAAAAUCAUCACCAGAAUUAAAACUCGAACUUCAAAGACUUAGAAUGAAAUAUAAAUUGGUCUCAAAAGCUAAAAAAUCAAAAUCUGCCGUGACUUUAUCCAGAGUUUAUGAGAGCGUGCCAAUAUUAACAUGUUUGUACCUUAAAAAUGAAGCUAAAAAUCCUAUUGUACCGUUUGGACGAAUGGAGACGAUUUGUAAGAACUAUCCUAGAGUAAUGAUGACGUCUGCUUUUGCGUAUCUUAUACCAAAUAAAGAGAAUGAAUAUUGUUUACUUUUAAAAAAAGCCCACUUACUUCAUCAAUACGAGUUUUUUGCUUUAAUUUCGCAAAAGAGUGAUCUGAAUUCCUCAUAUGAUGUUGACAAUGAAUUCAUUUCUAAGAUUUACGUGAAAACUCAAGCAGCUAUUAAUGGAUCGCAUGUGCAGUAUGAGGAUCAAAUAAAGUUUUUAAAAGAAAAUGAUCUAAUAAUCGAGGAAGUUGAAAAUGAAAUAACUGUCAUAGAAGCAGUUCUAGAAGCAGUCAAGUUGUGGGACGAAAAAGAAAGACAACUCGAAUUAGAUCUUAAGUUGUCUGGUAUGGACCCUGAUGAUUACUCAACAUGGUGUUAA